AUGUACUCUCCGAGAAGUGAAAGGAUUAUCUAUUUACAGUUGGUGGUGGGUGAGGGCACUUUAAAUGUCGUUAGCGCGUACGCACCACAAACAGGCUUGGAUGAGGAUAUUAAAAGGCACUUUUGGGAGGGGUUGGAUGAGAUUGUUCGUAGUAUACCGCCUUCUGAGAGGUUAUUCAUAGGAGGAGAUUUCAAUGGUCAUAUUGGGUUAUCUGCAGGUGGGUACACUGAGGUGCAUGGCAGAUUUGGUUUCGGAGAGCGGAAUGGAGGGGGCAUUGCGCUGUUGGACUUUGCCAAGGCUUUCGAUCUAGUCAUUGCAAACUCGAGUUUUACGAAGCGGGAUGAACAUUUGUGCGAGGCCGCAGAAGUGGUCGAGCAACCGCAUAAGUGGUUUAAGGUAAAAAGGGAGUUGACCGCAGAUGCAGUCAGGGCACCACAGAAGCGGCUCCGCAUUUGCGGUAAGGUAGUCACAGGUGUGGAAAAUCCUCCUUUAAUGAAAAGUCGUAUAUGCGAACUUGACUCCGCAGAAACGGGACCACAGGUGCGGUUCCAGGACCGCAAAUGCGGUUCACUGCUGCUUCCCUCAACUUCCACCCUAAAAUCGUCUGAAUCCAUGGCUUUUGAAGCCAUUAAAGGCCUAUAUCUACCUCUACGACUCCUACAUGCUCGAUUAUCAUGGCUUCAAGGCCAGACCUUGAAGAGACUUGGUCCAGACCCCAGAUUGUUUCAGUGCUAUGGCUGUCUCCGGCCAUCUUCGACCUUGCUCCGGUCAGCUAUAGCCAUUCAGGACUGA